UCAGAAUCGAAUGGAAAUGAACAAUGUGAAAUUGGAGGGUCUAAGGAUGCACUACCUAUCGAACCAGAAACUCUAGCAGAUUGUGAGCCACAGGAAAACGUCGGGGCAGAAAAUUUGGUACAUGAUAAAAUUCCGUCGAUGAAAAAAAACGACUUCCCUAGCAUCAUCACUGAUCCAGCUGUAAUAUCAUUUUUGAUUUCUUCUGGUUCUACUCAACCACGAGGGCCUUUUCCGAAAGAUGAUAAACAAAAUAAUCGCUGUUUUUCCGAGAACUAUUACUCUGUUAUAACUAAAUCUGGUUUAAGGAUAGUGCAAAAUUGGCUUUCUUAUUCUGAAAAGAAUGAUGUUAUUUAUUGUCUUCCUUGUUGGCUCUUUCCACAAAAAAGGUCGUUCGAAAACCCGUUCGGCACUUGCGGUAUUAGCGAUUGGAAACACUUGUCUGAACGUGUAAAAAGUAAUGAAACAUCUGAAUGUCAUAAGAAUUCUUGCACAGUUUAUGAGAUGUGGAGAAAAAAAGGAACUAUAGAUAUUGUAUCCGUGGAAAUUUUGCGCAAAGAACGUAUGUUUUGGCGCAAAGUCUUAGAACGCAUUCUGGAUGUGACUAUGAUACUGGCUACUUGCAAUCUUGCUUUUCGGGGAUCGAGUGACAAAAUAGAAGAUUUGAAUAAGGGGAAUUUUCUUUCUAUCAUAGCGUUAUUGGCCAAGUAUGAUCCGGUUAUGAGUGAAUUAUUAGCGAAGUCUGCAGGUUCCACUAAAUACUUAAGCCAUCAUAUACAAAAUGAAAUAAUUUGUCUUUUGACCUAAAAAGUUCAUAAUAAUAUAAUUCGUGACAUAAAAGAUGCUCCAUUUUUUUUCCUUCAUUUUGGAUACAACUCAAGACUCCAGCAAAAUUGACCAACUGAACCAAGUCUUCCGUUUCGUAAAGAUUAUUUACAACUCUAAAAGGGAGCCAAUUAAUCUGAAUAUUGAAGAAGUUUUCAUUUCAUUUACUGCUGUGGAAGAUCACUCUGCUUUAAGACUAGAAAAGCUUGUAACUUGUUCGUUCAAGCAGAAGGGUCUCCAUUUUAAGAAAUGUCGGGGUCAAGAAUAUGACGGCGCGGCGGUUAUGAGCGGCCCUUAUUUGGGAUUGCAAAAAAGAAUCAAAGAUCUAGCUCCACAUGCACAUUUCGUCUAUUGCGCCGUUCAUAAAUUGAACCUUGUACUGAAAGAUGAAGUAUCAUGCAAUGGAGAUGUUGAGGCAUUUUUUGAAACAAUGCAAACUGUAUACGAGUUUUUUGGUCACAGUAUUAGUCGAUGGGAUAAGCUUUAAAGUGUUCAUGAGUGAGGUUCUAUGACUUUGAAAACAUUGAAUCCAACUCGCUAUUGUGGAAGAUAUAAUGCGAUUUACGCUUUGAAGCAAAUAUUUUGUGAUAUUUUGAAGUCCUUUAGCAAUAUAAUAUUGAAAACUAGAAAAUCGAGUGAAAGAAACGCAGCGGUAGUUAUUCAAAAAAAAAAUAGAAAAUUUUGAUUUCGUGUUUCUUUUUGUUCUUCAAUUAGAAAUUUUGGGAAUUAUGAAUUUGCCUUCAAAAAUGUUACAAUCGGAAAAAAUUGAUCUUUUGGCUGCUCAUGAUCAGCUACGUAAAUCUUUAUUAAGUAUUGAAAAAUUAAGAAAUCAGUUUGAUUCAUUGCUGACAGAUGUUUCCGAGAUUUGUGAUAAGUGGAAAAUCGAAAAAACUUUUUUGAAGAAAAGAAUGCGUAAAGUCAAAAUUCACUUUGAUAAACUGUCUCAAGAUGAAAGAUUUGAUGAUCCUGAACAACGUUUUAGAAUUACCAUUUUCUACCCGAUGAUUGACAAUAUAUUAUCACAACUCCGAAAUAGGUUUGCUGGAAUGAAUAAUUUUUGGAUACUUAUCAAUUGUUACAACCUCAGUUUCUAGCAAAUUCGCCGAAGAGCGAAUUAAAAAUAGAAGCUGACAAGUUUUCCAAAACAUUUCCGGUAGAUGUGUCUUCUUCAUUUUCCGCUCAAUUGUUUUCUGUUAGAUCAACGUUUUCAGAUGAAAUGAAAGAUGUCAAAGAGUUGGCGUAUUUUUUGAUUAUUCAGAAUGCAUCAUUGUCUUCAAGUUAUCCAGAUGUUUGUACUGAUCUACUUAUGUUUCUCACCGUUCCAGUCACAACAACAAAAGACGAACGAUCGUUUUCCAAAUUGAAAUUGAUAAAAAACUACUUGCGAAGUACAAUGCAACAAGAAAGACUGAGCAGUUUGUCAUUAUCAUCUAUCGAGAAUCAAAGGGCGCGCGUGAUUGAUUCUGAUAAGGUCAUUGAUCAAUUUGUUUCUGUAAAAAAUAGACAGAAGAUAUUUUAACAUUUGUUACUUGCCCAUAAAAUCGUGUUGAUAAUGAGCUUUGAUGUAGCAUGAUGUAAAUAUACAAAUGCAAAUUUUUCUGUUUAAAAAUAA